AUGGUGCUGGAAGGAGAAUGCAAUUGCGGAGCCAUCAAGGUCACCAUCAAUGAUGCGGCCGAAAACACUCAGCCCAUCUACUGCCGGUGCCUGAACUGUCGAAAACAGAGCGGCGCACUCGGGACAUACGUGACGGUGAUUUCAGAUGAGGAUGUCACUGUGGUCGGAUCACCCAAAGACUAUAUCGAUCGGAAGACCGAUUCCGGAACGUUGCUCCAUCGCUGGUUCUGCGGGGAUUGUGGUAGAGACGGAAUUGGUUCCAGGGAAGAAAUGUACGAGACGCCCUUGUCGAAUUCUUUCGCCGAUGGUAAGGUUGUGGCAGAAGACAGACCGCGCUUACUCUUUCCCUUCCGCACAGUCAUCAAAAUGGGUCUGUUCGACAAAAUUCUGAAACCAGUCGCCGAGAUGUACUGCAAGAACAAGAAUGAAUGGGAGCCUUUCGUGGAAGGGACUGCGCACUUGCAGGCGGGGCAAUGA